GUUGCGCAUAUCGUAAUAAUAUAAAUGCCGGUCAGUUCAACAACGUGGGUAAAGACCAACAACAGUAAUCGGCGUGGUAAUACAACUAAAACAUGCCAAGUAAAAGGAGCAGUGUGCAGUCAACCAAACCAACUGAAAAGAGAGGAAGAAAAAGGGUCAUUUCUACAGUAAAAGAAAAUGGAACUGUCAUUGAAGAGACAGCCAAAAGAAUAAAAGUAUUUCACAGAAGUCACAGAACAGAGAAAGGUUUAGUUUUAACACUUGGGGAGGGCGACGUCGGCCAGCUGGGUUUGGGGGAAGAUGUGUUUGAGAGGAAAAGACCAGGAAAAGUAGAUCUGCCUCCAAAUGUUAUACAAAUUGUGGCUGGAGGAAUGCAUACAGUUUGCUUGACAGAGGAGGGAGAGGUUUACACAUUUGGCUGUAAUGAUGAUGGCUCUCUGGGUAGAGAUACAUCAGAAGAAGGGUCCGAGGCUUCCCCAGCUAAAGUUACAGACCUCCCAUAUAAGAUUGUCCAAGUCAGUGCUGGGGACAGUCACACUGCUGCCCUCACAGAAGACGGGAAAGUUUAUGCCUGGGGGAAUUUCAGGGAUGCGAGUGGUUCUAUAGGUCUCACUGUGGAGGGUCCCCAGCAGAGGCCCAUUGAAAUCAACCUGGACAGUGCUGUGGUGAAGAUUGUCUCUGGUAGUGACCACUUAGUCUGUCUGGGAGAGGAUGGAAUCAUUUACACUUUAGGCAAUGCAGAGCAGGGACAGCUAGGAAGAGUGGCAGAAUGCUUUGCUAGUCGGGGUGGUAGAAAAGGUUUAGAUUUUAUUCUCAGUCCCGGUGUUGUCCACUGUAAGAGGAUCCGUGGACAGGGCAAGGUGGUCUUCUCAGACAUAUGGGCGGGUACCUAUGUCACCUUUGCUCAGAUCAAACAGUCUGGGGAAAUCUACGGCUGGGGCUUGAACAACUACUACCAGUUAGGAGUUGAUGACAUGCAGAAUAGGUUCGUCCCCGAGAAGUUGGAAUCUUUCUCAUUUUCCAAAGACUGGAAGACAAUUCAAGGAGGUCAACAUCAUACAGUGGCUAUAGACGGGUCAGGAAAAGUGUACACAAUGGGGCGGUCUACAUACGGCAGACUUGGGCUCGGGGAAAACAAUCACGAAGAGAAAAUGGUGCCAACAUUAGUGCAAACUUUAUCAGGAAAAGGCUGUGUGGAUGUGGCUGCAGGGGGCUCUGUGUCAUUUGCUGUAACAGGGAAAGGUGAGAUCUUUUCUUGGGGCAUGGGCACCAGUAAACAGCUUGGAGCAGGAGACGAAGAGGAAGAUCUCUGGGAACCCACACAGAUGCAAGGAAAACAACUAGAAGACAGGUCGGCAUUGAUGGUGUCUGCAGGGGGUCAACACACUGUGGUACUGGUCAAAAAUAACUCUUAACACUCCAAGACAACGAGACCAACAGCUGUUAAGUCCCUGUCAUUGUGAUACCAAUAGACUUGAAACUUUGAUACUUGCUCAUCAAGAAGCUGUCUUCAUUUUGGAGUUAACCUUUUCAAUGAACUGUUACCGAGAAAGCUACAAUAUUUUGAUUAUGUACAAGUAAUUAAUGAAGCUAGAAAUAUUGUGAAUUAGACGGGUGCCUGAGCUGAAAAAAUAAAAUUCUUGCUUUUAUUAUAUUAUAUGUCUAGUUCCAGGAUACUGUACAAGGUCCAUUAUAUGGUAGUAGACAUUAUAAAAUAUGCGUGACUUAAUAAGUUAUAGUUGGAAUUUAUAGUUUAAUUGAAGGGUAGUGUAGUAAAUCCACAGGGCUGAAGCCAAGGCUGCAUAGUGAAAAAGUGAUUUAUAGAAACUGAAAUUCCUGGUCAUUUUAUAUUGUACAGAGGCAGUGACAUAAUUAUGGCACCUGUAAAGAGAUGAGAGACAUUCUGUGCGUGAUUUAAAAAGAAUUUAAGAAUAAUUCUCUAUAUUUGUAAACAAACAAUUGCUAUAGUGUUGUCACAUGUUCUGUGCCGGCAUGGCGGUAGUGUAGAUAGUGAAGUAUCAAAGAACUGUUGAACAUUAUUUUAAUGAAGAAAGUCAUUGAUUCAUAGUGUAAAUAGUUCAGUCUCAUCAGAACGCCCGUUUUAAUGUCUGUUCAUACUGGAAGUGCCGGGGUCCUUAUAAUACUUUAUACUACUUUCGCAUUUUACUUUGACCAAGAUUUUAAUUUUUGGACUGCUAUUAUUGUUGCUACAAGCAAACACAAUAUUUAUUAUGAUAGAUUAUAUAGAAAAUCACUUGCACUGGUUUCUUUCUUCGUAUGGUUUUCUUUGUGUAAGAAAUCAUUGUAUCAUUUUAUUUUAAUGGCAUAAUAAAAACAAUAGCCACCUGA